AUGUCACUUUCUAAUGAGUUUAUAUUACUCUCCUUGCCGUUGAACGCUAAACCUGCAAAUGGUGCAGGUUCUAGGGACACCAACCAAUGGUUAGAAAGCUCCCUAUUGGAUGGCUCUUGUAAUAUCAAUAAUUUUAUUAUUCCUGAAUUUAAAAUUGGUUCCUUAGACAAUUUAAUAGUGGAUUCCGAAGAGUUAACUAAAAUGGAUACCAAUAUGGCUAACUCUGUCAAUAAGAUCGUUGAAAUCUUGUCGAAUUUCCAAGAGACAAACACAAAUGCGUUCAAGACUAUCUCCAUUGGAAACGUCAAUGUUUACAGUUACUUGUCAAACUUCCAAUGGGAGACAAGGAAAUAUAGACUGGAUAAAUCAGUUAAAGAGCUUGCUGAUGCAAUCUCGACCGAAUCACAACAACUAGACAACGACGUGAGGGCUACCUACACAAACUACAACAAUUCAAAGACUAGUUUACAAGCUGCCGAGAGGAAGAAGACGGGGGAUCUUUCGGUGAGAUCGCUUCACGAUAUAGUGAAACCCGAGGAUUUCAUCCUGAAUAGUGAACAUUUGACCACUAUCUUAGUGGCUGUGCCAAAGACUUUGAAAGACGAUUUCCAGGAAAAUUACGAGAAAUUGGCCGAUAAUAUUGUGCCAAGCUCCGCUACUGUCAUUGCAAAGGAUGCAGAAUAUAUUCUUUACAACGUCCAUUUGUUCAAGAAAUCAGUAAAUAAAUUUAACAUAGCCGCACGAGAGCGCAAGUACAUCCCACGUGAGUUCAACUACUCAGAAGAACUGAUCGACCAACUAAAGAAGGAACAUGAUUCAGCUGCAAAACUGGAACACUCUCUGAAAAUUCAAUUGAUUAGAUUAGCAAAAACAGCCUACGCAGACAUCUUCAUCAACUGGUUCCACAUCAAAGCAUUGAGAAUAUACGUCGAAUCGGUUCUGCGUUAUGGGCUACCACCUCAUUUCAACACAAAAAUAGUUAACGUUCCGCCAAAACAACUAACGAAAUGUAAGAAUGAAUUAAUUUCAAGUUUCGGUUAUUUGAGUGGUAAUGCGUUUGCAAAAGAUAAAAAGGGAAACAUCAACCAUCAAGAUACCUCUUUGAACCAGUACGCCACUAUAGUUGAUACAGAGUAUGAACCAUUUGUGCUUUAUGAAGUGACUCUAUUAUAA